AGCGGGCAGGGCGGCUUCCGGGUUUGGCGGGGCCUUUGUCUCUUGCUGUGGCCUGAGCUCCGGGACUCGUCUUCACCGCUCGGUGUCCUCUCCUCCUAGAGGUCCAGGCUCUGUGGCCCUGUGACCUGCAGGUAUUGGGAGAGCUACAGAGGCCAGGAACCCUUGGAAGCCUAGAAAUGGAGAACAUGAAGUCUGGAGUGUAUCCUCUCAAGGAAGCAAAUGGAUGCCCUGGGGCUGAGAGGAAUCUUCUGGUGUACUCUUUUUAUGAAAAGGGGCCAUUGACAUUUAGGGAUGUGGCCAUAGAAUUCUCUCUGGAGGAGUGGCAAUGCCUGGACACUGCUCAGCAGGAUUUGUAUAGGAAAGUGAUGUUAGAGAACUACAGAAACCUGGUCUUCUUGGCAGGUAUUGCUGUUUCCAACCCAGACCUGAUCACCUGUCUAGAGCAAGGAAAAGAGCCCUGGAAUAUGAAGAGACAUGCAAUGGCAGAUGAACCCCCAGUUAUAUAUUCUCAUUUUGCCCAAGACCUUUGGCCAGAGCAGGGCAUAAAAGAUUCUUUCCAAGAAGUCAUAUUGAGAAGAUAUGGAAAAUGUGUACAUGAAGAUUUACAGUUAAGAACAGACUGUAAAAGUGUGGAUGAGUGUAAUCUGCACAAAGAAUGUUAUAAUGAACUAAACCAGUGUUUGACAACUACCCAGAGUGAAAUAUUUCAAUGUGAUAAAUAUGUGAAUGUCUUUUAUAAAUUUUCAAAUUCAAAUAUACAUAAGACAAGACAUACAGGAAAGAAGCCUUUCAAAUGUAAAAAAUGUGACAAAUCGUUUUGCAUGCUUUUACACCUAACUCAACAUAAAAGAAUUCAUAUUAGGGAAAAUUCUUACCAAUGUGAAGAAUGUGGUAAAGUCUUUAACUGGUUCUCAACCCUUACUAGACACAGAAGAAUUCAUACUGGAGAGAAACCCUAUAAAUGUGAAGAAUGUGGCAAAGCUUUUAAGCAGUCCUCAACCCUUACUACACAUAAGAUAAUUCAUACUGGAGAGAAACCCUACAGAUGUGAAGAAUGUGGCAAAACCUUUAACCGGUCUUCACACCUUACUACACAUAAAAGAAUUCAUACUGGAGAGAAACCCUACAGAUGUGAAGAAUGUGGCAGAGCUUUUAACCGGUCCUCACACCUUACUACACAUAAGAUUAUUCAUACUGGAGAGAAACCCUACAAAUGUGAAGAAUGUGGCAAAGCUUUUAACCAAUCCUCAACCCUUGCUACACAUAAGAUAAUUCAUGCUGGAGAGAAACCUUACAAAUGUGAAGAAUGUGGCAAAGCUUUUUACCGAUUCUCAUACCUUACUAAACAUAAGAUAAUUCAUACCGGAGAGAAGUUCUACAAAUGUGAAGAAUGUGGCAAAGGCUUUAAUUGGUCCUCAACCCUUACUAAACAUAAAAGAAUUCAUACCGGAGAGAAACCCUACAAAUGUGAACAAUGUGGCAAAGCUUUUAAUGAGUCCUCAAACCUUACUGCACAUAAGAUAAUUCAUACUGGAGAGAAACCCUACAAAUGUGAAGAAUGUGGCAAAGCCUUUAACCGGUCCCCAAAACUUACUGCACAUAAGGUAAUUCAUUCUGGAGAGAAACCCUACAAAUGUGAAAAAUGUGGCAAAGCUUUUAACCAAUUCUCAAACCUUACUAAACAUAAGAUAACUCAUAUUGGAGAUACAUCUUACACAUAUCUAGAAUGUGAUAAAGCCUUUAGCCAGUCUUCAACUCUUGCUAAACAUAAGGUAAUUCAUACUGGAGAGAAACCCUACAACUGUGAAGAAUACAGCAAAGCUUUCAACCAGUCCUCAAACCUUAUUGAACAAAGUAAUUCAUACUGGAGAGAAACGCUACAAAUGUGAAGAUGUGGCAAAGCCUUUAACCAGUCCUGAAUUCUUACUAAACAUAAGAAAAUUCAUACUGAAGAGGAACCUUAUGAAUGUGAAGAAUAUGGCAAAGCCUUCAACAAGUCCUCAAUUCUUACCAGACAUAAAAUAAUUCAUGGGCUGGUUGUGGUGGCUCACGCCUGUAAUCCCAGCACUUUGGGAGGCUGAGAUGGGUGAAUCACAUGAGGUCGAGUGUUCGAGACCAGCCUGACCAACAUGGUGAAAUCCCGUCUCUACUAAAAAUACAAAAUUAGCCAGGUGUGGUGGUGCAUGCCUGUAAUCCCAGCUACUCGGGAGGCUGAGGCAGAAGAAUUGCUUGAACCCGGGAGGCAGAGGUUGCAGUGAGCCGAGAUCGUGCCAUUGCACUCCAGCCUGGGCAACAAGAGUAAAGAGUGACACUCCGUCUCAGGAAAAAGAAAAAAGAUAAUUCAUACUGAAAAGAAACUCUACAGACUUGAAAGAUGUGACAGUGCUUUUGACAACAACUAAAACUUUUUUAAACAUAAAAAAUCAUACUGGUGAGAAAUCCUAGAAAUGUAAAGAAUGUGACAAAGCCUUUAAGUGGUUGUCACACUUGAUUAUAGGUAAGAUAGUUCAUGCUGAAGAAAACUACAAGUGUGAACAAUGGCAAAACUUUUAAUGAAUGUUCACACCUUAUUGCACAGGGGAGCAUUUAUACUUGAGAAAAAUUGUACAAAUAUAAAGACCAUGAAAAAGCCAUUAAUAUCUAUUCACAUCUUACCAUUGGAGAGUUCAUACUUAAUAAAAGGAAUAUAAGUGCAAUUAACCAUCAAAAGAUCUUUCAGGAAAUAUAAACCUUUAAAGUGAAGAAGGUAUUUAUUUUGAAGACGAACAUUACAAAUGUGAAGAGGGUUGUAGUACCUUUAUUUGUAUCACAGAUUUUAUUGUACACAUUUUGUACUAGAAGAAAACUCUGAAGUAGUUGCUCAAACUUUGUUCAACAUCAGGGAAUUUAUAUUGAAGAAAAACCUUGCAAAUUUAAUAAAUUUUAAACACUUUUUCAAAAAGUACAGCUUAGAAGACACCAGAGUUCAUACUAAAAUAUAUUUUUGCAGAUGAGUAAAAAUGAAAAUAUUUAACCAAAAUUAAAUCUGUAUAAAUAUCAGAGAAUUUACAGUAGAAAUAUAUAAGGCACUGACACUUCCGAUAUACUAAAUCAGAGUGCUGAGUAUAGAAUAUAAAACUAAAGUUGGGGCCAGAUGCAAUGGCUCACAUCUGUAAUCCAGCACUUUGGGAGGCCGAGGUGGGUGAAUUAUCUGGGGUCAGGAGUUUGAGACCAGCCUGACCAACAUGGAGAAACCGCGGCUCUCCUAAAAAUACUAAAUUAGCCACGUGUGGUGGUGUAUGCCUGUAAUUCCAGCUACUCGGGAGGCUGAGGCAGGAGAAUUACUUGAACCUGGGAGGCGGAGGUUGUGGUGAGCCGAGAUUGUGCCAUUGCACUCCAGCCUGGGCAACAAGAGUGUAACUCCAUCUCAAAAAAAAAAAAAAAAAGAAAAAAAAAGCAACAACUAAAGUUGGUAGAAAAAUUAUUUGUAUAUAACUUUAAAAGGAGUAGAAGGGUUUCUUGCAGAGUUAUUAUGUUCAAAGUAUACUUUAUUUCUUGAAGAAAUUACAGAUUUUUUGUAAAUAAUGAUGUAAUUCAACUCUCAAAAUAUUUCCUACUGUUUAUUUCGGUUGUAUUCACAUGUGAAAGCAUGUGAUCAGUUAUUGCUGCAUUAAAAACAUGAGAGUCUUUUUUAUUAAGUGGCCAUUAUUUAUGAUUUUCUCUAUGAAAGAGUAAGGACAUUAAAAUGUAAGAUGCAUGAUGAAAAAUUAAGUGAAGAGGCUCUUUGUGGUUAACUUAUAUUGAAUGAUGCAUUAGGUAGGUGUUCAUAGUAGUAUGAUUUUGCAUUAUGAGAAGAAAACAUUUUUAAUUUUACUUAAAAUUAAAUGAAAAUAAAUUAGUAUAUUAUUGUACUAAUUGUACUUUUGUAUAAUAAAAUCCAGUAUAUUU